AUGGCGAGCUCAUCAUCAUCCACUCCAUCUGCGGGCGCGCAACCUAAAAUAAUAGAAGACAUAGUCGAAGCUGGUAAGAAAGCAUUUGAUCCGGCUGCUACAGAAAGGGAAAAGGGCGUUGAAGGGUAUGACAAACUCAUCGAAAGCACACCAAUAUGGAAGCUUCUCCCUGCUCUCAAUGCACUAAUAAAACCGUCAAUUCUUCCUCCAUGGCUACGGGACCCAGUGCUCCGGACACUCACUCUCCUCCCUCUUCGCCCAGGCGGCGUAAGAGGAACCAUGGAAUUUGUCUUCUCAGUUCAUCCCAGCAACAUAGGCAGGAUUCCGGAUGCUGAUUCUGGACCUCAGAAACAGGGAGCCAGUAUCACACAUGAAGGCGUUGCCGUUGCGACAAAACUCCUAUCUUCAGUUCCAGCUAGCUUAACAUCGCAGGCGUGGUUUGACGGCAUCUCAAGACAAAUGUUCGAACUCAUUGAUGGAACUGAUGGAACUGAAUUGGCCAAGACUGCCUCGCAGGUUGUGGGUUAUGGCAUCCUCGGGAACAAGCAAUAUGGUGCACCUGGCUCACCUGGGUGGAAUGCCUUUGUUCAGCCGAUAGUACAGGACUUGAACCCAUCACUGCGGUCAAACUCUGGAUCCACAGGCAUCAAGCAAGAAGAUGAAGAAAUUCUUGAUCUCAGCCGAGACCGUGUCCUCAUCGCAUCUCACUGCCUCAAGACAUCGCUUCAGCGCCUCAAAACCUUGGUGAUAUCUAACUCUUCGCCUGGGCUGUGCAGACGUCUUCUGCGACUUGUAUUGAUCCAAGUAUGGGUACUUGCUUCAUGGAAUAAUCCAUUGCAGAGCACUGAAGAGAACUUCGUCAAGCCUGCCCGCGCACUACUCCAGGCGUAUCUGAGACUUUUUGGGAAUGCCGAAAGUGUCAAGCCUUUCAUACGGAACCUUCUCUGCAAGGGUGCUGUGGAUGGAGCAGAAAAGCACUGGGAAUACCGACUUCGGGGAAACGGCGAUAUCGAAGUUGUGGAACCCCGUGGGACCGAGUCUGCAACCGGCAUUGAGUUGAACUGGAACGAACUCGAAGGUAAGGCAGCGAAGCUUGUUGAAUUCGUCACGACUGCUUGCUCUGUUACAGAAGUGUCGUCCAUCUUCUUAGAUUUACUGAAGCGCUGGAUUGAAGCGGCAGGUAAACAAAUCGAAGUUAUCAAGAUAGAUGUUCGUCCUAAGGACGAGAAAUUGGACUCGCCUCUUCAAACCCUGUUUGAAGUGACUGUUCUACAGAAGCUUAUGGACAAGGCACCUGAGAAGCUCGUGAGUCAAUUCGACCAGUUACUGGAACUGGUCUGUCAGGUUCUCACAGCAGACAACCAAUCGAGAUUAGCAGAUGACCUCCUUGCGGUUGUGCUGAGCUUACUCAAUCUCGUCAUCACAGCACCGACGUUCCAAAAGUCCCAUAUCAAACCAGAGGAGCUCAAGGUUGUUGAAUCUGCCCUGGAAAGGUUGAGCAACGAAGACAGACCACAAAUAACACCAACGGCAAGAAAUUUAGCCUUACUUCUGAAGUAUCGAGAUGAGAUGGAGGAAGACGAGGGAUCGGCUUCGAUUCCCAGUGCUAGGCAGAUCGAAGACCAACGAACAUACAAACUGGCGAUGGAAUAUGUUACUGGAGGUGAUGAUAAUCCGGCUCCUAUCGUUUCGGAAGGGUUGAAUCUACUUUCUGGUCUCAUACUGAGAGACAGCCCAAUACUCGAUAUUCCAGCUGUCGCUGUCCUAUUGUCGACUCUGCUUGAGAACAAUGAUGACUACAUAAACCUACGAGUCAUUAAGGUAUACACGCAGCUGGCAAACAAGCACCCAAAGUCUGCUGUGCAAGAACUCCUGGACCACUACCUGGAUGCACAAGAAAAGUCUACGACGGAUGUCAGGUUGCGCUUUGGCGAGGCCUUGUUACAGGUUAUUCAGAGAUUAGGAGAGACCUUUUCUGGUGAUGCUGCCCAGCAAGUUAGCGAAACACUGUUAUCAAUCGCCGGACGGCGUGGAUAUCGACCAAAGACUAUGGCAAAGCAGGCUCGUGACGAGAAGCGACAGAAGAUGACGAAGAAGAAGAAAUAUGAUGAAGAUGAAGACGACGAUGACAUAAACGUCGACGAGGAAGUAACAGAAGAGGACAAGGCCAGGAAUGAUAUAUUGGCACAGAUUCUCAAAGGAUGGGAGAGUAAGCGCGGUACCGAAGAUGUUCGAAUUCGCACCUCGGCACUCUCUAUCUUCGGCGCUGCACUUGAAACCAAUAUUGGUGGUAUUGGCCCAACGCUUGUAUCCGGAAGUGUUGAUCUUUGUAUCAACAUCCUGGCCAUGGAAAGAGAGACGGAGACGGCGAUCUUACGAAGAGCCGCAAUUCUAAACGUGUUGAGUUUUGUCAGGGCACUUGACGCAGCCAAGGAGUCCAGCCGCAAACUCGGCUUUGGUCUUACCGACGAUAGUCGAGAAGAUAUCGUUAGAACCUUGCGGUAUGUGGCCCAAACGGAUAACGAUGGGCUGGUGCAACAACAUGCGAACGAUGUGGUUGAGAGUCUCGAGAACUGGCAGAUGACAAGCAUGCUACCUGCGCAAGACCAGAGCAACCCUCCAGGCCUUACAAAACUCGCAGGCCUUCAUGUGAACCCGAGCGGAACUCUGGUCGAUGGGUCUGGAAAGCCUCGGCCAAGGAUCGAAGAAGUGGAAUGA